AUGGUAUUCAGGUUCAGGGUUAGGGCAUUAGAAAAUGUACGGCACACUAAUCGUUGCAUGCAUACUACGGUUGUAGCCAAAUCAGGUCACAGCAAAUGGUCCACUAUAAAACAUGACAAGGCAAAAAAUGAUUCGUUAAAAAAUAAUCUUUUUAACAAAUAUGCUAAUCGAAUUGCCGUUGCGGUGAAAGUUGGUGGAUCAGCAGAUCCACGUAUUAAUAUUAGAUUAGCGACCGCUAUUGAGGAGGCUAACAAGGCCAAUGUGACUAAGAAAGUUAUAGAAAAUGCAAUUAAGAAAGGUUCUGGGGUUCCAGGUAGUAAAAAUAAUGCCGAAACCUACACCUAUGAAGGUGUGGGCCCAGGUGGUGUUGCUUUUGUUAUCGAGGCGUUGACAGACAAUAGAAAUCGAACAGUUAGUAAUGUCAGAGGAACGUUCAAUAAGCAUAAUGGUAACCUGACUUCUACGUUAUAUUUCUUUAUGAGAAAAGGGUUUGUUGGGGUUCGACCACCUAAUACAUAUGAAAAUUUCGACGCAGUACUUGAAAGGGUUGCAGAGAUAGAAGGGGUCGAUGACUUGGAAGUUUGUAAUCAGAACUCUGCCGAGAGUAUUGAACGAACGCCUUCAGAGUUGUAUGAGGUUAUAACUGAGCCUACCACAACAAAUCAAGUUGCGAGUUCUCUGAAAGAGCAAGGUUUUGAUAUUGUAAAUAUUGGUAUUAGGUACAUUCCAAAGAGUGAUAUGAUUGUACAAAUUACAGAUCCAGUUGUUAGGGAAGAACAUGAAAAGCUUGUUAGCCAACUAAACGAUAUUGAUGACAUUACUGAUGUCUACACAAAUUUACGGCAUUGA